AUGGCCGAAGAAGUUGAUGAUCAGGAAAAUCUACCCUUCAAAGAAGCUGACCUGCUUAACUGCAUUGACCAAGAGAGUUUUCUUGUCACAGUUAUGGGCUUAACUGGUGUUGGCAAAUCGAAUUUGCUUGAACGACUUGGCGCAACAUCUCUGCGCACGGUUGAUGGCGCUAUGGUCGGCCAUAGACUCGAAUCUCAUACGAGGACAGUUAACUUUUACUCCUUGAAAUACCGAGAUCAACACUUUCUCUUUAUCGACACACCAGGAUUUGAGGACGGUGCGCGUCAAAAUUCCGACAUACUCCAAAUCAUAGCACAGCAUCUGGCGACUUCGUACAAUCACAAGAAAUAUCCAGAUUCUGUCAUCUACGUAUCCAAGAUUACAGAGACAAGAUUUAUGGGUCAUGCGAGGAAGAACUUGGAUUUAUUUGAAGAGGUCUGCGGGACCGACAGCAUGGAAAUGGUGACGCUUCUCACUACUAUGUGGGAUACUGCCGGACAGGUGCCUCCAACUAGGAUAUCAGACUUUGAAUCCCGGGAAGAAGAGUUGAUCACCAAAUACUGGAACGAGAUGAUUCAACAGGGCGCAAAACCUCGUCGUAGUGACAAUACAAGAGACUCACUGCUUCCAAUACUGGAUCAAUGCAUUGCCCGUCGAGCGCAGUUGCAAGAGCAGGGUCGGACGCACCCCGCACUACAGCUCCAGACGGAGCUGGUAGAGGACAACCGGAAACUGAUAGAUACCUCUGCCGGUUCGCUUCUGGCACAUGAAUUCAGGCAAACGGAGAAGCGGCUCGAGAACCACAAAGAACGCUUGUCGAAAUAUCUUGAGGAGGACCCACAAAAUGAACGCCUUGCAAGGAGAAUUGAGGCGGUGGAGUAUGAAAUUCAAGAGAAUAAAGAGGCAGAGGAUAGGCUUAGAUACUGGACAAUCGCGGGGAUAAGUACCGCCUUCAUCGCUGCUCUUGGGGGACUUCUUGGGCUUAUCUUGAGUGCUGCAAGGUAA